CCAUGGACGUCAAGGAAAAACCGAAGCUCAGCUGCACGGCGAGGGCGGGUCCAGGCCCGGCUUAUCUGCUGCCCACUCUUGUCGGCUACAACGGUCACGAUCCGUCGAAAUAUCGCAACCCUGCUUUCACGAUGAGGACUCGAGUCGGCACCAAUAUUUACGCUGGAGGACCAGGUCCCCGCUACAAGAUAGAGGGCCUGACUAACUACGGAGUGCAAAAGGCCCCCGCCUACUCCCUCGGCUUUCGCGAUGGCACCAAAAUGGCGAGCUGUAGCGGCCCAGGACCUGGGGCCUAUAGUCCGGAGAAAUGUCCGCCCAUGAAUCACAGUGUGAGACCAGCGGCCUUCACGAUCAAAAGCCGAACCAGUGAUCACAUGUCCGGGGAUGGACCGGGCCCCAUUUACCUAAUUCCGUCCUGUCUCGGGCCCAAAGUCCCGGACAAAACCGCCUUGGGAGCAUUUUCAAUUGCGGGCCGGCAUGGAAAGGACUACUGCGAUUCAAGUCCAGGUCCUGCGGCCUACGGAAAUCAGAAUUACGACCUGGUUAAGCGCAGACUUCCAGCCUACACGCUGGCCUCGAGACAAAAUAAAUUUGGAACCGCGUGUGGACCCGGACCUCAAUACUACCCACAAUACUUCGGUGGGAAAAAUCCUCCGAAAUUUUCGUUCGGGGUAAAACACAGCGAAUGCGCACCACCGGCCGUCACCGAAUACGACGACGAGUAAUUAACUUCGAGUGUAUUCCUCAAGAUAUUUAAUAUUUAUGCGUGCACAUUUUGUCCCGCGUCUAUGUAU